AUGUAGUAGAACUAAGAUGAUCAAGAGAUUGAGUCACCUAAUCAAAGUGCCAUCUUUAAGGUGAAAAUAGGAUAGUCUUUAAUACUGAGACCUGGCGGAAACAUUUUUAUUUUGCCAACUAUAAUGGAGAAUCAACUACCAUUGGGUUAUUAAUGUCUGCUAUACAUCAAUCAAAUCGGAUACAUGCCAAUUCCUUAAGACUUUCUCUAUGAUCGAUCUGUCUAUAGAGGAGGCCUAGAUAGAGAUACCUUUCUCCCUAAUGGUAGAGGAGAAAUACAAUCCAAAACAAGCACUAAAUUUAUUGGGUAGUUCAAAGAAGGAUUUGCUGAUGGUAGGUGCAACAUCGAUAAUGAUGAUAUCAUGUUUCAUUACAGUUGGGGAUGGAAGCAUGGGCCAUUCGAAGAGAAAGUAUAAAAUUGCAAAACAACUGGAUUCUUUAAGAACAACUUGAUGCAUGGAGAAGUGAAGUCAAUUACUGAAUAGGAUUCUGUCACAGAUACCAAAAUAAUGUAUUAUUAUAACAAUGUGCGAGUUGAGUAUCCUCCAUAAGAUUAUCCUAAAUAGCAAACUACUCGAUACUUAUUUAUGCAUAAGGAAUUUUCGAUAAAUAACUACUUAUUUCUAGGUUUACGAGAAUGCAACUGGAUAAAUCAACUAUUGAUCGACUACUAUUUAGAAUUGAUUUAAGAUUAUUUUAGAGUGAUGAAUCCUGAUAAUCAAAUAUUCCUCAUUAACACUAUCACGAGUUAAGAUAUAUUUUCGAGUGUGAUCAGUUGCUCAAGUAGUGAUAUCUCAAUCCCAAAGAAAAUCUAGGAACUUAUUCUCAAAAACGCAUUCAAUAGACUAAUAAUAAUUUUGAACGUAGAUAGAAGUCACUUUGUGACAUUGGUAUUUUAAAACAAUACACUAUACAUGUUAAAUUCAAUGAAUUAUUGCGAUGAAAUGAUUUUGGAAAAAGUAAGUUUUUUAUUUCUGCAUUUGCAUUUGGAGAAACAAAUAGAGAGGAGGAUUUUAACAGUUCCACAGUAGGAGAAUGGACAUGAUUGUGGUUUGUACUCGAUCUUCAAUGUCCUUUUGCAAUACAUAAAUGUCAACACUCCUGUAGAUUAGAUAGAUUAUAAUAUUGAAACACCAGAAAGAAUAGCUUAUUUAAGAUAGCAUCUAAGAAAUGUUCUUCUUAAUGAUUAUUCACAUUUAAUUCCUAUAUACAAUUGA